AUGGCAAAUUUGUCUUUAAACACAUACAGUUUCUACGACUCCGCGUCAUCAUUUAACGUGACACUGGCUAUUUUGUACUCGCUGAUCGUCGUUAUAGGUCUUCUAGGGAACUGCUUUGUCAUAACCAUCGUCGGAAAAACAAGAUCAAUGAUUACUCCUACAAACAUCCUACUGGUCAAUGUUGCCUUCGCAGAUAUCAUCUCGUUAAUCUGGUGUCCCAUACCUUUGGCUAUUAACUUGUCGGGUAAGCACGUCUCAGGAAGAGCGGCCGACCUCAUCUGCAAGUUUUUCACAGGUUACGCUGUCACUUGUCUGACUGUUUCGGUUACCUAUCAAAGUUUGGUGGUGUUAGCGUUGGAGCGUUAUUAUGCAAUUGUUAAACCCUUUAAACAACCUCUAGUUGCCUCAAACAAGUCCAUGUACUAUAUCGUUGGUACAAUUUGGGUGAUGGCAAUCAUGUCUUCGCUUCCCGGGUUCAUUUUUAGCGAAUAUGACGAACAAAGCAGACGAUGUCUUGAUCCCUGGUCUCUUGAGAAGGCAUGUAAAAUAAAAUGGCUCUCCGUCUUAACCGCUGUUUCGUCAGCAUUUUUUUCUGGUUGCGUAUUCUUUUGCUACUUUCAAAUUUUAAAAGGAAUAUUUAUCAACAGAACGGUUUGUUCAGCCGAAACGGCCUCUUCUCUGCACGCCGCCAUGAACGAAAAACGAAAACUGGCCAUAACCUCUUUUACUGUUACGCUGACUUAUUAUCUCUGUUACGUCCCCUUUUUAACGUUUGAGAUAUACAUAUCUUUUCAGUCCUAUGCGGCUAUUUUAGAAAACUACGAAGUAUUGUAUAAAGCUUAUAGAAUUGUAGGAUUUAUCAUGUAUGUUAACUCGUGCUUGAAUCCGUUUUUCUAUGGUUUUCAGAGCUCGAGUUAUAGAAGACACUUCAAGAGAAUAUUUCUUAACAUACAACCGAUGGAAGGAAUUAAUAUGUUUACCAGAUAAAUAAUUUCGUUAUGCACGAGGUGAUCGAUCUUUUUAAUUUAUGGUUUCCAUGUAUUUUUGUAUUUCCUUCCAAUUUUUCCUUUCAUGUUGAUAUCCUGCCUGUACUAGGUUACUCAUCUGAUGCGGCCAUUUCGUUCGAUAGAAAACAUAGUAUUUAAAAAGUCAAUGAAGCAGUUGAAUGUAGUGAUGGUAGUUCUACAACGAAAGAACACUGAAAUGGAAAUAACUAGUGAAUUGGAAGAGAGGUUAUGGAAGCUAUGUUUAUCUUAUGACUAACAUAUAAUAACCAAAGACAUAAUGCCUAAUUUUAUAUUCAGCCCACGUUCUCGCACGAGGGAGACGGCUCACUUGUAAUCAGCUUUUAUGCUAAACGCCGGAUCGAGCUCAUUAAAGAAAUAAAACAUUAGUCGCAUUAAAGACGGAAGAUGCACCGUAUAUUUAUCACGAUUAUUAUCUUAGUUAUAGUGGCAUCCUCUAUAUAUUGAUGUUUGAAAUUCAGAUUUUUGAAGAAAUGAGGAUUAAGAACAAAGACGACGUUACUCAGUUUUUGUCAAUUUUAGCCGCAUCCUCUUCGAUUCAUUAAGUGAAUGAUUUUCACAUCAUGUCUCGCAGGUGAAGCUUUGAAAAGGCAUUAGAUGCAUCAUCUUACACUUAAUAAGAAUUAUGGUAGUGCCCUCUACAACAACAAACGCGUCGGACUUUGAUAGUAAAUGGUAAAGUCAAGUCAAGUCAAGUCUCUCUCGUAGUUACUACAUUAAAGCCUUGAAAUGUAAAUUUGUGGGAUAAAAUAUUAAGGAACUUCAUAUCUAGACUUCUUCUCGAGCGAGUCUCCGAUCUUAUCACCUUUUUUGAAACAACGAAUUGGAAAAAUAAUUUAUUAUUUAAGGUAGGCAGUGCAUGUAGUUAACCGCCUACCAGCUGUUUUUUUUUUUUUUGCUGUUUCCCUUUAUUUUUAUUAGUUGCUUCUCCCUGGGAUAGCUUAGUUUCGCCUAAUUUAGGUCUCCAACUACUUUUGCACAAUGUCGUAACACCAGGGUAGUAAAAUGCGUGGGAACAAUUUAAUAUUGAAGAAUAAACAGUCAGUUUGACCAACAAAUUUCGCAAGAAUUUCUUACCUCCAAAAUAGAGAGGACAUUAAACAAAUACCUGUGGAAAGAUCAUUUAAAAGGAGGCUAUGUCACCUCGAAGUUUUUCAAAACUCAAACAGUAGUAACUGUCACCAAACUGAGGGAAACGGAAAAAUAUCGCUUAAAACAGUAAACGAAGGUAUAAAUAAUUAACAAGAUAAAUACGGCAAAUGGACAAAGCUGAAGGAGAUUAAGCGGAUUGCAAUUGUGGGUAUUGAAAACAUGUUAACAUUACAGUUUUUCAAAGUUCAUUUUCGUUGUUGUAGCGUUUGAUAUAACGUUAAGAAGGCAUAUUUGUUGGACAAGCAGCAGCUGUAAUUUUGUCAUUGACGAGUAAUUUCUUUGCUAGGGUUAAUUUUCAUAGCCGGCGCAUAACGUAUGCGCUAUGAAAGUUAACGCUAACAAAGAAAUAUUGGCAAUUAUAGGAGUUUAAGAUCCAACGACGCGACGGAAAAGAGAACGUCGCUAAAAUAAUCUAAAAAGUGAAUUUGCAUUCUCUCCGUCUUGAUCGCAAUGAUCCCUAUACCCACUUACUUUGUCAUAUGUAGCCGAAACCUCCUAAACUUGAAUUCCAAGGGACCAUAUCCAAGUUUAGAGAGAGAAAUAAAAUUUCGUCUUUGCUUGUUUAGGUUCUUCAUAACACGCGGAAAAGGCAUUUUCAGUCGUGCAAAUACGGCAAAGAAAUCGUACAAAAAAGUGCAUUUGAUGCUCGUGCGAAGUUGUUGCCGUUUGCUUAUUAUUCUCGUUGCCGUCCGUCAUUUGAUCUUACUGGGUCCCUAUUGGCAAAAUGAAUUUGACGGCCAUGGUACAGACCGUUUCAUGAGGAGAAACAUUUUUCUGUACGUAUUUUAUUUUCGGCACUAAUUUGGAAAGGCGAUUGACAAAACUUGUUUCGUUCAGCUGAAUAUCAACUGAUGCGUUCUCGGAAAAAAUGAAUUUUGUAAAUCGUGCAUAUGCUAGUUUAGUGUGUCGAAAAUAUAUCAGGAGUGCAGAAUAACUUUCUUGUCUUCUGUCGAUAGCCAAAUCUCUCAGGAAAAAGGUGUAAAGCUAAAAAUGAUCAUCUCGUCAAACUUUUGGAAGUCUAUGCGAAAGAAACUGGUCAGUUUGAUCAUUAAUUUUGCAUUAGCUUUAAAACUAGCGAUUAUUGUCAGUCCUUUCGAUAUGACAGGACAUUUGAACUGCCUCAUAGUCUUGUAUGUGGGAUUUUUCGCCAUAAUUCACGCUCGACCCAAAGGUUGGUUCACUUGUUUUAUAAUUUACAAUGUUUUCAGAGUGCUAAGUUUCGUAAGUAGUUUUAAUCCAGAUAUCAAAUGAUCAUUCACCAUGUAUCCUGUACGGCGAGCGAUGCCAUAAUCUUGGCGGCACUCCGCUUGAUGAUUGCCCGAAUUUUAAAGGGAUCACCUCAUUAAAUGCUAAAAUGAAAUGCAUACAGACAUCUUCAAAGUAAACCUUGUCACAAGGGUUGAUGUAAAAAAUGAAUUUUAUCAAGAAACCCGGAAAUCGGAGUCUUUGAUUGCCAUUGGGUAAAAAAGGUAAAUAAUUCUUUACAUUAUUUUAAAAAUGCAUAUAUUGAACACCUUAAGGGCCAGGGAAAUCGAGCUCUUAAUCCUUUAUUUCAGCGGUGAUACAUUAUACUUCAGAUCAAGAGAUUUUUCGCUAAUAUUUCGCCAAUUGCCUAUAAUCCGGUAGAUUAACCGUUGCUCGUGGUGGUAAGUGGGCGUGGCCGGGUUCCCGCCCCUGCGCGAGUAGUGAACGAUGAGAAACAAGAAUGUCACACAAAGUGUCUUGAAAACUUAAAGUUUCAUUCAUCUUCGCUUACAUAUGAAUAUAUACUUUGAUUGUCCACAAGUGGCUCAAACGUUAUUUUUACGCGCACAUGAGAAUCUUCUGAUUUGACACGAUCUAACAAGCAUGUCUUCUGUCAGUACGAAAGGAACAGGUGGUGAAAGUCUACUCAUUUAAAGCACGUCAGGAGUCAGUGUUGCUAUGAGAGAAUCUCUUGGAAAAAAAAUAUUCCUUUUUCCCAUAAAUUCAAACAGAGUGGAGUAGAAGAAGUGUUGGCUACUUUUUUAGGCUAAAGUACACGGCACCGGACGAAUUUUCGAGCGGUGGAAAAAUUCGUGCGUUUAUGUAUUGCGUUCACACGGAACCACGUUAACCUUACGAAAACCGUAGACGUCUAGCCGUUUAAAUUACCAUGUGAACAGAUCGAAAAUAUCGAACGGUUCCAUGUGGACGAAGUGGCCUGUCAUAUUUUCAACCGGUUGAAAAUUCAUCCGGUGCGGUGUGAACGGCGGGUUACGCGGUGACUGUGAUUCACCGAAAAUUUUGUCUGGGCUAUAGCAGUUGGUUGCUAAAUACAGAUUGUCCGAACAAAAAGGCCGUUAAAUGGAGAUUCGACAGCUCCAACAGAAUUAGGCUUCCGGCUUCGCUGAUCGACAACCACAUUUUUUGUUCUGAAAAGAGAGUUACUUAAUGAUAGGGAUUUCUGUUCCCUUAUCAUUAUUGUUUUCUCUGUGUUUUUUUUGCCUUCUUUCAACCAAAUGAAAAUAAAUAUUUACUUAUUUCCUUACUCACUUAGGCUCUUAGCCUCAGAUGGAUUACACACCAUUGAAAAACUUAUCUCUUCAUCUUCUCUGUUUUGGUUCAUCACCACAAGAUUGGUCGAGUUUGUGUUCGUAACUUCUUCUCGUAUGCCUCUUCCUUAGGCGCUUUUAGGGCGUCCUUUCAGUUUUUCAUUCUUCUGAUAUCCCUACCUCGUGAUGUUUUUUGCACUUGUUCUUAGUCAUGGACCUAAGAAAACACUAGCCUGCGUAACAAGCAUUUCGGAGCAAAGAAAGACCAACGGGAUUUUCGGGUUUUGGCCUCGCGAGAAAUGGAACUCGUUUCCAUCUAGUACUAAAUGUGAAUACUUACUUUGGACGGGACUGAAAUCGGAUCUGGUUUUAAUUGUUUACAAUUUUUGUCGACUGCGACUGCAGUUAGAAACUGACUUUGUUAUUGUGUUGAUAGAAACUUAUGAUGUGCCAGCACUUUACGAAGGAGAUAUGGCUUUAACUGACGAACAAGUCCUUGCACUGGAAAAAAACAAGAUACGCUCACCCAACUCCUCCCAGGACCAGGAAGCGUACACAAGAGGGGCCAUUGGAAACGCUGCAUACCUCUGGCCAAACGGCAUUAUACCGUUUGUGAUAAGUGAAAAUAUAGGUAACACAUACAUUCAGAGAAGCUUUUAUGCAAAAAAAAAAAAUGCCUGUUAAAAACAAAUGAUCCAUGACACUUAUUAGCGAAGAGACUUGUUAGGUUGCGGUUUUAAGGACUCGAAAUUGCCAGACUAUUUGGUGCAACCCUUACCCAUUUCAGGCCCCAGUGGUUAGUCAUGUACCCAAUUGAAGAGCAAAAGAGAUAAAAAUAAACGGCCAUACCCACUGGUACCACAUGUACCUAUAUGGCAUAUUUAAGAAUUAUCCCUACUUCUUUUUCUUAAAACCCGUAAGUACAUUUAAAACUAUGAUAAUUUAAGCAAGGAUAAACAAACACAGUACUGUGUGGUUGUCGUUCAGUAAAGCAAAUCUCUGUCAUGGAUUGCACACAGUCCGGGGGGUGGACUCCGCAUAUGAAAGGGGUGAGGAUGCUCUUCGUCUCGCUUAGGAGUGUAAAUUUCGGAUUUUGGUCUCUUUUAGGGUGUUCUGGGCAAAAAGCCAUCAUAUUUAGCCGUGAAGGUCUUGUUUAGGGUUGCGCGUGAAAAAAUAUGAAAAUAUAUAUUUUCUGUGUUUUAACAUGGUCUCUUUUAGGGGUCAAAACCGAUCUUGGGCCACGCCCAGAUCGGUCUCCUUUAGGAGUUUAAUUCAAAAUUUUUGACGAGCAUCCUCACCCCUUUCAUAUGCGGAGUCCCCCCCCCCCCCGGGGCACACAGAGCAAGUUCAGGGAAUUUGAGUUCUAGAGUGGGAUUGUCAUUCUUUUUGCCCCUUAUUUGCUUUACUUGAUUUUUGGAUAGAUGCUGACGGAGGGCAACUGAUAAGAAACUCUAUGAAGGACUGGGAAAAAAAUGUGGGUGUCAAAUUUAAGUGGAGGGACAAAGAAAAGGGAAAACUUCAGUUCGUUUAUUCAUAUGCGGGGUCCCCCCCCCCCCGGGGCACACAGAGCAAGUUCAGUGAAUUUGAGUUCUAGAGUGGGAUUGUCAUUCUUUUUGUUCCUUAUUUGCUUUACUUGAUUUUUGGAUAGAUGCUGACGGACGGCAACUGAUAAGAAACUCUAUGAAGGACUGGGAAAAACAUGUGUGUGUCAAAUUUAAGGCGAGAGACAAAGAAAAGGGAUACAUUCAGUUCGUUUAUAAGCCAGGGUAGGUGCAUAAGCAAUCGAUGCUGAUUCAUGCUUUUGUAAUCUAGUUGUCGUGAAUUAAGUCAAAAGUAUCGAAAACCAUCUAAACUCAAGGACUCUUAAAUACCUAACUGUCUUGGUUCCAACGAUCUUUAAUUGCAAGUACGCCGGGAAAGAUUGUUCAAUGGUAGGGAGUCCUGACGACCUUUUAUCAAAACCUUUGAUAAGUACUGUGAACUUCUGUCAAGAAUAGACAAUCGAAUUAUAUGGAAAUGAUAGAAAAGUGCUUUUUAGUUGUUGUUUUUUUUAAUGUCAAAACUUCGAUCUGGUUAGUUCAAUUUCUUGGUUAACAGGCUUCGGAGUGCCCGGUAGGUGUCGGCUCGAUUCUCGGCGGGCCAACACGCAAUGUCUUAAAAUAACUUCAAGGAGAAUGUGUUACCUCUCCCCUGACAUCUGCCGAUGGUCAGAUGUAUUUAUAUUUUCGGCAAACGAAGGAAAACCUGUUUUGACGACAUAUUCACUGAUUUGCAUUUGAUUAUGUGUGAAGUAAAGGAACUACCAGAGACACAUCAACCUCUGACCACCCUUGCAGUGUGUAUCUUUUAUAGCUUGUGUAGUAUGAUAUGGAGGACCCCUCGCAUAUUUUUAUGGGUCCCGUUCGUUAUCCUCCCAACAUUGGUAGGUCUGACAGUGUCCAGUAAAGUUCAAGAGGAGAACAAAUGAGUGACUCUUUUUUUGUGUGAAGGUGUUGGUCGUAUGUGGGAUAUGGCGGCAGGCGACAAGAAUUGUCUAUAGGACGCUUUACUCGGUGAGUUAUGCUGAGAAGUUGGAGGGGGGGAAUCCAGAAAGUUUAGAAAGAGGUGGCCGGGACACCUGCCAGCUAUAUAGAUACGUUUUACUUUACUGACAAUUCUUUAGAAAUAAUAAUUUAAAAAAAUAUCUCAUAAAUAGGGGAGCCCCGGUCCCCUCGGCUUCAACCCUAAAUCCGCCGCGGGAACAGACAGGUAAAUACGUAGGAAAAGGCAAUGGGAAAGGUAGAUUUUAAUUACUGCGGUCUAAGGUUAACGCUACGGAGCUUAAGCAAAGAUGACGAAGACGGCAACGAGAACGGGAAAAGAGCGAUAGGUAAGCAAUGCAACAACUUUGCAAGGGCAUCACCCUUUAUGUACAUUUCUUUGCUGGGUGGUAUUAUAAAAUUAUAUCGUAUAUAACUGUAUACAUAGUUGUGUCUAAAUACUUCAUUUAUGUUUUUCCUACAAAAGAGCACAUCGACAAUUAAAGUCCAGACUAACAAAGUACAUUUUGAGUGACAUCGUUGUUUACUUCUUGAAGGGAUCCUCCAUGUGAACAAGGAGCCAUAACUCACGAGCUUGGCCACGCCCUUGGGUUCUAUCACGAGCACACACGACCUGACAGAGACAAGUACGUCAAAAUUCUUUGGGAAAAUAUACGGCCAGGUGCGUGUUAUUGUAUAUUCUCCCUCUUUUUUCUCUCUUAUCUACCAUCAUGGACAAAAGUCUUGGGACACUUUUGCGUUUCCGGGACGUUUUCCAAUUCACACAGGUCCAAGCCCUCCCCUCACCCCACAAACAAUUUUGGACGCGUGUGUCCAGAAUAAUUUCCGUGUUUCAACUUUAUGUAGGGUGGGGGGAGGGAGAACUGCAAGAAAAUUUCGAAAAGGAUGCACAGUUUUAAGAGGAAACCGAGAAAUGACAGAAAAAUAUGAAUACUGCAGUACUGUCCCAAAGACUUUUGCCCAGGAUUGUAGUUUGAUUAUAACCAGAUCGGUAUGGUGUAGCGUUUUUCUAUUCAUGCUUAAUGUUCCACAUUAUUAUCUGAUUAAUUCUUUAUGCCUAUGGCCAACAAAUGUCACUAUAAAUAUGUUAAACAUACAAUUGCUCUUUCGCUUGAUUGUUGAGACGACUUAUAUUAUCUGCAGAAGCUGACAACGUUGUAGAACUGGAGCUGUUGGGAGCCAUAUGUAAUUUUUGCUAAGUAACCAGGCGUGGUCGUAAAAUUUGGUACCCCGGCUGGUGAUUCAUAUAGAAAUCCUCUGGUUUGCAAAUUUUUUCCAAAGAAAAAGAGACAAAGAAACUAGUUUGGUACCUUGGCGGCGACUGUGAGAAGGUUUUUGAAUAGUCUUCACAGAAAGAGUCAAUGCCAAUGAAUCCCUAACCACAACUAAUGCUGUCAAACAACGUUUAUAGAAAUUUUAAUUCAACUUUUCAAUUGCUACUGUUUAUCAUCUGGUGAAAAAUACUUCUGAAAAGAGAUUAUAAUGACGGAAUCCACCAGGAAAUUGAGUAGUUUUAAUUGUCAGUGGACAAGAAUCUUGUACCAGAAUAAUUUAAAGCAUAUUGCAUUCUUUUUUAGAUUUUUUUAACUGCUGAAGAUGUAAUUAGUCAUCUGUAAAAGAAAAUUUGUUUUGGGAGCCCGAGAAAAUGAAUGUCAAAUUUUACAAAGUUACAUCUUACACAUGAAGUUUUCGGACUUUUACCUCUUUUUUUCUCAAUUCUUGUAAAAUUUGACAUUCAUUUUCUCUGACUCCCAUGAGAAAUUUUCUUUGGUGUUAUUACAAAUGACUAAUUACAUCUUUAGCCCUUGAAAAAUGUUAAAAAAAGAGUGCAAUAUUCUUUAAAUUAUCCUGGUUCAAGGCUUUUGUCCACUGAAAAUUAAAAUUACUCAAUUUCCAGGUGAAUUCUGUAAAUACUCUUACUUUGGCAACGUAGACGCAAACUGAAGAAAAUCUUCCAUUAUAUACGCUAAUUCGCUACAAAAAGAAAUUAAUCUCACUAAAUUAAACCCACGAUCUCUUUAAUUUUAGGUAAAGAGGUACAGAACAAUUUCGAAAAACAGCCAGAAGGCGUGAUUGACAGUCGAGGAGUAGAAUACGACUUUGGAUCACUCAUGCACUACUCAAAAUUUCAGGGAAAUAACCGGCCUGGGGUCGAGACAAUCGUACCCAAGGACCCAUCAGUGGAUACUGGACAGCGAAAAGGCCCAAGUAAACUGGACGUUAAACAAGCCCGACUUAUGUACAAAUGUGGUGAGUGA